CUCCUGUCUUGCUUGAACUUCAAAGAUCACAGUCAUUAUCAGUGUGCCACUCAUCCUGCACGGUCUGACUUGUUUCAGGCCCAGCUGGCGAUCUCAGGAUGGACACUAGAGGCCUAACCCUGAGAAAGAAACGGAAGGACCGCCCGGUCAUCAGCGCCCCUCAGAAUCCGUCUGGUCCAGGCAUAAAUCGAUCGGCACCACAGCAGAGCAAGCCUGGCACUCUUGCCGUCCCUCGAGAACGAAAUGCGCCCACCGAAACCUCUGAUCUAGUCAAACGCCGGUAUUCGACGCGAUAUAACCAACUUCCUGAUUUCAGUAAUGCAGGGGCACCUCCGGUUCCUACUCUCCCGGGUGCGAUCAAACGACGUUCUGGUGGUGGUUCGCCUCGUCGACCAGGUCCCGCCUCGUCUUCGAGACCGUUACUGGUUGAUAGCGAGAUCUUCAAAGACCCCAACCUCCAACAUGAGCGCUAUGUGACAGAAUUGUUGUCAAAUGCCUCGGAGCAGGACAUUCAAGAAUAUCAAGCAGGAUUACAGCGAUUGAAGAAUGGGAACUCGGCCGACCUACAACGAAGUGUCUAUCAGAACAGAACCCAGUUCAUCAGGAUCAGCAAAGAAGCCGAAAAGCUCAAGACCGAGAUGUCCGUGCUGCAGAACCUCAUGUCAGAUCUCACCGAUACCUUAGGUCAAGGAAACUCAACAAUCACCAGUACUCCCACCACCACAUCCCCCGUUGCCAACGGCAUAUCCCAAGCUCGACGGAACCCUAAUCGAACAUCGGUCGCAAAUCUGGAGCAAAUGUGGAAUAUUCAACUGCAGACUCUAUGGAAGAACGUGGAAAAGUCACAGAAGUUUUUGCCCACAGCACCCGGCCGCCACAUUGUCGCUGAAACCGGGAACUGGAUAGAGCUCGACAGUGCCACGUGGAAACCCAAACGUCCUGUGCAUAUAGUUCUCCUGAACGAUCAUCUCUUGGUAGCGUCUAAGAAACGAAAACGAGUGGACCCGAAUGCACCACAGCAAGGCCCAGCCCCGACCAAGCUGGUCGCUGAGGAGUGCUGGCCACUCCAAGACAUCGAGAUCAUCGACAUGGCCGCCAGCAUCGCACCAGGAACGGCUAGCGCGGCCGAGGAAAAGGCCGUCGCAUCCGCCCUGUCGAUUCGAUCCGGAUCACGAGCUCUGACCUACCGACACGAGAAGCGCGAUGAGAAGGCUAAGAACGGACUCUUAAUGGCCCUUCGUAAAGCGUCGGAGGAAAUUCGAAAGGCGACUAAAACGAAUGAGGAGCAGAGCAAGCCCGCCGGCGAGAGCCUCAAUUACUUUGCGAGCCGAGAUCCCGCCUCAGCUGGCCAGAAAGAGAUCAUCCAAAGCCUCAAUUCCGCGAGGGACAAACCAGACAUUUUGAUCGAGGUGGAUGGAAAACAGCAGAACUUCCGUUGGAUUGAGACGCAGAUCGACGAUCUGGACAUUGAGAUUGCUCUCCAGCAAUUUGAUUCGGCGGUUGAAAAGGUUGAGAAGUUGCGGACCGUGGCACGAGGCUUGAAGAACAACUCGAUCGCCCAGGAACUCAUCGCAGUCAAGGUGGACGAACGGGCGGCCAAGCUCGCGACCACACUCUGCCGCGAACUGGUCGAGACACCCUCUUACAUGGAGGCGACUAAACGCACGGCCGACUACCUGAUCCGACUGGGUUAUGAAGAUCGGGCCCGAGAAACGUACCUGCAAGCCCGCAGCGAGACCCUGACCAAGCGUGCCCGCCAGUGUGUCUUCGAAGGCGACCUUCACCGCUACGUCUUUUCCAUCUCAUACGUCUACUUCAACAUCGUCAAGAACACUGUUCUCAUCUAUCAAGCUUCGUUCCCCUCGUCCACCACCAGCGCAUGCAUCAAAUGGUCCAAUGACCAUCUCGAGACCUUCAAUACACUCUUGACCCGCCAGUUGAGCGCUGUGGAUACCCGUGGCAAAUUGUGGCGCGAAUGUAUGGAUGUUGUCUGGAGUCAUGAGACUGAGAUGCUGGGUGACGUAGGCCUGGAUUUCAGGGAGGUCAUUGGAAGGGGUUUGGAGGCUAAAGAGGUCCCCGCGCCCAGGCAGGCCAGUGGGACUCGAAGCGCGAGUCGCUCCAAGAGUCGAGUCAGAACGAAGGAGACUCAGUAAAGGGUUAUGCUAGAGGGGAAAAUGAAAAGGAUGGCUGAGCGGAGAUGACUUGUAUUGGGGGCUUUCUUUUGCAGAAUAUAGGAGCUACUUAGGUACACAUGGACCGAAUGGUAGCGUGCAUGGUAUAUGCAAGAACAAAAC